AUGGCAUGCGCACCUCUUCUGACCGAAGACGACCUGCUACGCUUCCGGACGAAAGCAUGUCUCCGUCUUGCUCAGGGAUCGUGCAGCUUUGGUCUCGACCGCUGCCAGUACUGCCACAGUUCGGUGUGGACAAGACGACCGCCAUUCUUCCCACUGGGGGCUUACCACCAACAAAGAAACUCUGGGCACGAUCGCCACCCGACGACAGUAGCUCUGCUACGAUACUUGCCAGUGGCUUGUAGCAAUGUAAUCGUGUCUGAUGGGAGCAUCACCGCCGUACCUUGCCCCCGCGGUCAGAACUGCCCAUUUUCCCAUUCUCGAGAUGAGAUUGUAUACCAUCCACUGCUGUACAAGACUGAGGAAUGCGAGGACUACGAAACUUCUAGGUGUGGUGUAUACUACUGUUGGAAGACGCACAACGCGAAAGAAAGGAGGAAGCCCCCGAAGCUGAAGCUCGGUUUGGUAAAAGGCAUCGAAGUCCAGGUCUUCUACCCAGGAAUAACGGUGGUUCAGGUGAACGCUCCCGGGCAGAAAUCCACCUGCGGCAGUGGAAAGCUUAGCGAAGUGCUGAAAGGAUGCGUUGGAGGCCAAGGUAAAGCGGUCUCACGACGUGCACGAGGAGGACCGUCAAAGAAAGAUUAUCAGCAGGUGGCGAGUAACUGCUUGUUCACCUGCCGGAACUUAAUGAAGAAUGCUGCCAACUUUCCCUCCGCGGGUGAAUCCGCGUUUGCUUCUAUAUACGGAGCGUCCGCACCCAUGCACAUGAGGCAGCCACCACCGCCGCCUGCCAGGUCAUCAUCUUUCGCUUGUGACAACAUCGGUGUGGCCUGGGAUGACAGGCGUCAGAUGGUCGACAGCUCUGCUCUCAUGGAGUUUGUAACGGCGGAGGCUUCUGUCCGUGUCGCCGAUUUCCAGGACCUCGAGCAUGUUAUUCGGGGCUCCGUCAAUGAUAAAGGAUCAGAGAAGUGCCAGAGAAUGAUAGCUGAGGUGCUUCGACGGUCAAAUGCCACUCCAGGCACUAAUGCGGAUAUAUCCGCGAGAGCCCCUCCCGCAGAGGAAGACGAAUCCGCUUACCGCUGUGCCACAAUAGGGAACACUGCUGCAUUCAUCGCCAUGAUGGUGCUACAGGCCAACAAAGUUCUGGCGACAAAAGGCGAGACGGCCAACGGGGACUACCGGAUCGAAGAGAAUUACGGGAAGAAGCUGGCAGAGCUCGGUUCGGAAGAAGGCUCAGCUGGGAGAGACGUGCUGGGAUAUCUGGGAUCCGCCGUAGUUUCUCCCAGCCCAUACAGCAGCACAGUGCAAGGGGACGAGAGCUGCAUGGAGAUGGGGCACCUGACGUCGGACCACUCGUACGCCGUCACACGGGCGAAUAGCGAAGGGGAGCUGCCUUUAUCCUCCAGUUUCAGACGCAGUCAGCAGGGGUCGGAGCAGAGCUACUCAAGGUCUUUGAGCACCUCCCGAAAAAGUGCGGACAGCACAUGCGAGGGCACAGCAGCUAUUAUGGGUUCAAACUACAAGCAUGAGAUGACAGAGGAUGAGGGGAUGCCUUCCGUGGAGAUGGCAUGCUGUGGAGGGGAAUGGAUCCAGCGAGCGUGCGAGAGCGGGGCACAUGCGUGGAGCGAUACCUCAUCUGACGACCCCGCGGCAGGAGAGUAUGGACACGCACGCGCCCUGCCGCCGAAACCGCAUUCUCCGUUUCUCGAGCCAGUCACCGGUAACUUGGCAGGGUUUCAGGCGUCCCACGUUUACACUGAUUCUGUGAUGGACAGUGGACCGUCUCCAGCAGAUCUCUUCACGCCCAGCACAAGCAUUCUGGUAGACAGUAGUCGUGAAUCCGCAGCAGACAUUACGAGUUUACCGUUUCAUCUACGCAUAUUCAGCGACCGCGACCGAGGCAAAGGAUACGGGGUUAGAGAGGAUGGUGAUGCGGCCGAACCCCACCACAGCAAACUAAACGGAGACAGGAGGAAGGUUGCUUUCUCAGAGUUGCGUGCCAGCGGUGGCUUGGCAGGUGAUCACGAAAUUUCUCCUGUCCAAGAAUUGUUGGCCCAGCAGCAUGCGAGGGAUGGAGGUGUAGGCACUGCGGCCUGUUCUGUGCCCAUCAUGCAUGGGCAGCAUGACGACGGUGGUACGGGGGAAGUAGGCGAGUGCCGUGGCUGCCUUGAGGAAGCCGGGACACGGCUAAGGCAAGCUGUGAAUGCUUUGGACCUCAUCAGGGAGGGACAGGCAGGGAAACUAAGGAAGGAUCUUCUCAUGCAUGUUGCGAAGGAGCUGUUAGAGCUUGUUGCUGAUGGAGAGACGCAGACUACCAGCCAAACACAGAGCCAAGCGUGGUACCCGACUGGGGCGCCUUUCGAGCUGCUACCACGCGUGAGGACAAGUGAUGACGCCGAAGGACACUCUGUGAUGAUGGCGGGACUGUUAUCACCUUCUAGCAGUGCACCCGGUGCCGGUGCACCCUGGUCCUCUGCAGCCAAGAAACGCGUUGAUGGCCCCUCGCCCGUGAUGGAUGUAUCGCACAACACGGUAUGGUGA